AUGACCACACCCUCUCAGCCGGGACGCCUCUACGGAGUUGGCGUCGGCCCUGGAGAUCCGGAACUGCUGACCGUGAAGGCGCAGCGGGUGCUCCAGUCCGUCCCCGUGAUCAUCUACGCCGACUCGCUGGUGCCUGAAGAGAUCGCCGGGUUCGCAAAGCCUGGCGCGAUCAUCUAUGGCAGCAAGGAGAUGGCCCUGCCCGAGAUCAUGGAGGUCACGCUGCAGGCCGUAUCCGAGGGCAAGACCGUGGCCCGUAUCCAGAGCGGCGACCCGUCGUUGUACGGCGCAACCCUGGAGCAGAUGCGGAUCCUGGAGCGUGAAAGGGUUGACUACGAGAUCAUCCCCGGCGUGAGCGCCGCCUUUGCCGCCGCCGCCGUCCUCAAGGCCGAGCUGACCGUGCCCGAGGUCUCCCAGACGGUGAUUAUGACCCGCGCCGAAGGACGCGUCGCCAUGCCGGAGGGCGAGAGCCUGAUCGACCUGGCCCGCCACGGCAGCACCCUGGUCAUCUUCCUCAGCGUCACCCGCAUGUUCCGCAUCGCGAACCAACUUCAGGAAGCUGGGUAUCCGGCCGAUACGCCCGUCGCGGUGGCGUACCGCGUGGGUUGGCCCGAUCAGCAGAUCAUACGCGGCACGCUCACCGACAUCGCCGAGAAGGUGCGCGACGCCAAGAUCACCCUCCAAGCCCUGAUCAUCGUCGGCAAGGCGGUGGACCCCAACCUGCUGGAUCCUGCGUCCGACGAACGGGUGGCCGUUUCCCACCUCUACUCCGACGAGUACACCCAUCUCUACCGCCGCGCCGGACAGGGCGAUCACGCGGCCGCCGACCGGACCGAGCUCUACGAGGCCGGCGGUUACGAGGUACAACCGGAACGCGCGGUCCACACGUCUACCGGCGACGACUAA